UCAAUGGGAUGUAUGGCAGGCCGUCGACGUCCGCUGCGAGAGACAACAGCCUGUGAGAUGGGAGACCCGGAUUUCGCCGAUAAUGACUGGGAAACUUCACAAAAAUGUUCGGUUUUUCGAUCGACAAUGGAUUCAUAUAGUUACAGACUGACACAUGAUCUUAGUCUGGACAGUUUUCAAAGUGAGGAUAUAUUCAGUUACGAGAAAUCAGCAAGGUCCCCUACUGGCUCAGUAUUCAGUAACGACUCAUUCACUUUAUAUAAUACACCAAGGCGGAUAGGUUCGACGUCCAGCUCCAAAGAUGGCUCCCAAACGGAGAAGGUCCGGGAGGACAUGAUCGAGCUGGAGCUCUCCGAGGGAAGGAGACCGUACCAUCCUGACGACGACCCGGGAGACGAGGCAAAAAAACUCCUCACUAUACUGGACGAUGAGAGGAAGGGGAGGACGAAUGAGAAGGAGACGGGAGAGAGUAGAGAUAGGGAGAAAGGAAGGGGAUCACCCAGUAAGACGAAGGAAAGUUCUCGGAGAAGGAGGGCAAGUUCCAAGGAAAACGAACACAAUUCAGGUCAAAGAUCGGGAGAGCGAAGAAGAAAGUCAAGAAGAAAAGGACGGAAGCUACCACAGAUGCCAACUCAAGUUCCAGCCAACCUCCAAGCCGAACUACUUGCCGCCGAACAGAGGCCUCUUGCCUCACCGACCGACGAUUCUCAGUCACCAACGGACAACUGUCAACCCCAGUCAUCGCCCUCACCAGUAACAUCCCCAGACACACCAGGAAAAGUACCACAGGCCUCGUCUCAGCCCACCCGGCCAAACCAACUACCCCUCCCAGCCGCCACCCUCCCCCACACCUCUGCCCCCGUCCCGGACCCUGUCCUUCCCCCAGAGGAGGUGCCACGCCCGAUUGUAGAAUCAAUCACGCCCCACUUCACCCCCUUCCUCUCUAACACCAACCUCCUCCUACAAGAGGACUCCAGUCCGGAGAGCCUCCGGAAGAAGAAGACGUUCUCCAUCAAACGGGCUGCGCCUCAAUUCCGGAGACCACCGCCUCCAAAGGAGAACGACCCUUCAGAUGAUGAACAACCGUGCUUCCAGCCCGUAACCUUGGUGAUCGACGGAGAACUCAAGGUGCAAUCCCACAAGGCCCUCUACCGCUUCUUCCCUCGCCACGACGACGAGAUACUCCUGGACAAGGAUGACCCCGUUUAUGUAGAGGUCAAAGGUGAUGACCUCUGGUACGAGGGUAUCAACCUGAGGACCGGAGAUGAGGGCUGUUUCCCAAGCAGAUAUGUGAGAGAUUAUACUAUGGAAGUCGAUGGUCAGCCUGGUGCGCCGAUCAAGAGGGUUCAUAUAAGCAGAUUCCGACUGCAAUUUCUUGGUUCAGUGGAAACUCCCUUUCACAGAGGCAAUGAAGUUUUAUGCAGGGCCAUGCAGAAGGUCGUUAUGGCCAGGAGGAUGACCCCUGACCUUCGACCCCCGACAAAGUGCAUUCUAGAAAUCAGCGACAACGGGGUCAGAAUGAUUGACCAGUCGAAAUCUCCAAAACCGGAGGAGCAAAAGGAUUCGGUAAGGAAGAAGGUGGAGAAAUUCCUGAGCGGGAAACCAAAAGGACACAACUACUACUUUUCCCUCAAGAAUAUAUCAUACUGUGGCUUCCAUCCACAAAGCUCAAAAUACUUUGGAUUCAUCACCAAACAUCCCAACGAUAGACGAUUUGCUUGCCAUGUAUUCAUAACAGAAAAUGCCCAGAGUGGAAAACCGCUUGCAGAAGCCAUGGGUGCUGCUUUUAAACGCUUCUAUGCUGAGUUCCUAGACUACACCAAUCCUACAGAAGACAUCUAUUUAGAAUGAUAAUAGGCACUCUUAGUUCUUACCCUUCCUAGCAUAGACUUCACCAAGUUACAGACUGUAGUUGGGCUGCUUCCAGUGCUGUGUAUACCAAGUUCCUAGACUACAAAAGUUCCAAAGAAGACAGUUCCAAGGCUGCUUGCAGUGCUGUGUUCCAAGACUACACAAGUUCCAAAGAAGACAGUUCCAAGGCUGCUUGCAGUGCUGCAUAAAUAAAAAGGCAGUUCUAGUCAAAGUUCUUAGACUAGACCUUUUUUUACAGGCGACACCAGGCUUUGCUGAGUUCCAGACUAGGCUGCUUCCAGUUCAGGCCUAGCUCUAGUUCCUAGACCAACCAAUCCUACAGUCGACAUCUAUCCUAUCGUAGCUUUCACAAAUUUCCAGGCACUGUGCUAUUACCACAGCCUUGCCGUAGUAAUGUAAGUACAUGUGCAGUGUGUAUUCUCAAAUACUGUGGUUAACAAAUCUUUGCUGUGUUUUACAGAGAUUCAUACCAUAUAGAAAUCUAAUUAUACUUUUCUUUAUAGAGCAUGUAACUUGUAUCAGAAGUUUUUAAGCGCUCUACAAUAAAUGCAGUAUUUAUUUCACCUGGGUUGAGCGCAGCACUAUGUUGAUGAAUUUCUUGCUGAAGGAUAUUACUGCCUGGGUUAGGAUUUGAAUCCUUGACCCUGUGAUUACGACACGGGAGUCAGAACCACUUCACCAUGAUGACACAGUCUUUCUAGAAAUAUUGUCUUCUGAGGCUCACAUUCAUCAUUUGAAUUGCUCCGGCAUUACGAAGAGCUUCAUUUUCCGGCGCUCAUUGCAUUCAGGAAAUUAAUUCUCCUGGGUACUCAUUCACCUCACCUGGGUUGAGUGCAGCAUGGUGUGGAUCGAUGUCUUACUGAAGGAUAUUAUCACCAUAACUGGGAUUUGAACCCACAACCCUCUGACUGGAAGACGAGGAGUCAGAAUCAUAAUACCUGGGCACCAUCUUAAAAAGAGUUACGAUUGAUCCAAUCAAUCUCAAGUAUAUGGAAAUUUUUUUUAGGCUAAUGUUGAACUAUCUAGUACCGGUAUACUGUAAUAUUGAUUUGAAACAAAGUUAUGACAAAACAGGGUCAGUGUGGAAUUCAUUUACAUAAUGUAUUUUUUCAUUUGUCUGAACAUAGAGGCUGCUUAAAUGCACAUUAACACAUAGUUUUGUAGGUUCAUUCACACAGUAAUAAGCUUUCAAACUUUUGAAAAUACUAUUUCUGAACAGAGAGACUUGCUCAAAGACACACCUGUACACAGUUAUUGUAGCUUCAUUUACACAUUGUAAUAAAUUGCUUAAUUUGUCGUAUAGCUUCCUACUGAUAAAAAUGGUUGAGCAUUGCUGUAUAAUAAUAUGCAUGAAGGACCCAGGGCAGUGGGAUUAAAGUACAGAAAUUGACCUUUUUAUGCAUCUUGAUAAAUUCUUCCCCAAAAUUAUCAAAUUGCUUCAAUACAAGCAACCUUUUCUUCAGAGUUUAAAUUACGUGCGACAAUAAGGGCAGUAAUUAUGAAAGAGUAAUAAUGCAAUAUGACUGAACACAGUUUAUCAUGAGUGUUUUAUUCGAGUUCAUGUAUUGAUGUGUCUAUCUAGAUGGUAUGCUGAACAUUUAGAAUUUUACCUUUCAAACUACAGUGUACAUCUACAUUUCCAUGCGAAUACAUACAAAUAUUUAUUAUGACACCUUGUUUACAACUCGUAACACUUAAAAAGUGACCCAAUGUACACGUAGUAUGCACAUGUAAAUGUAUGGUAUAUAAAAUGUAUCCAUGUUUUUUCAUCAC